AUGGAUAAACCGUUGAAAUCUCCUAGAGGGAAGACUGUGGUGGCUGUGUCAGGAGCCGAUAUGUCCUCGAUGGCAUUGAUGAACGCCAAGGAUUUCGACUAUUCUUGUCUCCCGAGGAGCUAUGCUCCAAGAUCUCGCUUAUUGGAGAGAAAUUCCUGCAAUUUCAAGAAGAUCGAUCUGCCCAACCUGCAAUCUGUUGAAGACCAAAGUUUGAGGAUCGAUUCUGCACAUAGAGAAGGGGGUUCGAUUGGAGUCUUGAGGUACAAGUGUGCAGCAUGCUUUAGGCAAUUUAACAAAAAGGAACACCUAGUGGAACACAUGAAGACCUCAUUUCACUCAUUCCAUGAGCCCAUGUGUGGUAUCUGCGGAAAACGUUGCAGGUCUUUUGAAUCACUUAGGGAACAUCUAAUAGGUCCAUUGCCAAAGGUGGAAUGUGCAAAGAUAUUCAGUGUUAGAGGUUGCAAUCUAUGCUUAGCUAUUCUUGAGAGCUCUAAUGCUCUUAGGUUUCACCGAGGGAGAUGUCAAUUCUCGCGUGCAUCCCCUGCAGGAUUGAUCUCUAGAAUGUCUAAUUUAGGAAUACAAGAUGAACUGAUCAGAAUUGAUAAUGGAAGAACCAGAGGACCACAAGUAGUUGCACUUGCUUGCAAAAUGGUUGGUGGUGGCAGUGAUGGCUCAUUAGAUCUUUGUGCCAGAGUUUGCCUAAUUGAUGAAGAUGAAAACAUUAUCUUCCAUUCUUAUAUCAAACCCCAGAUUCCGGUCACAAGUUAUCGAUACGAAACGACUGGUAUUCGAUCAGAAUACUUAAGAGAUGCAAUGCCAUUAAAGCAAGUGCAGAGGAAGAUUCAGGACUUUUUGUGUAAUGGUGAACCGAUAUGGACAAUCCGUGCGAGAAGAGGAAGAGCAAGGAUUCUUGUAGGCCAUGGUUUGGAUCAUGACCUAGAAUGUUUAGGGGUGGAGUAUCCAGCACUUAUGCUCAGGGACACAGCCAUAUACCCUCCAUUGAUGAAAACAAGCAAGCUCAGCAACUCACUCAAGUAUCUAACAGAAGCUUAUCUUGGGUAUGACAUCCAAACAGGGAUACAAGACCCCUAUGAAGAUUGUGUAGCUACAAUGAGGCUUUAUAUGAGAAUGAGAUCCCAAAUCCAUCCUGUAGAGGACAAUCCGUUCACUACCGAUGCAUCAAAUCGCAACAAUUUUUCAAGUUUAAGACAGAAUGAACUUGAAAGAAUGACACCAGAUGCAUUACUGGGUAUCUCAAGGUCUGAUUACUAUUGCUGGUGUUUGGACUCUGAGAAAGUGGCAGAACCUUGA